AUGUCUAUCUCUUACAAAACUUGGCACAUUGUUCCUUCACCCCUUCCUUUGUUUCUCCUACUCUGUUUAGUACUGGUAAGAACCAAAGCAACAUCAACUGAUUUUGACUUUGGUACUGUAACACUUGGCAGUCUUAAACUCCUCGGCGACGCUCACUUAAACAAUGGCAGCGUCCGUCUCACUCUUGACCUCGCAGUCCCCAAUUCCGGCGCCGGCAAAGUUCUCUACUCUAAACCCAUCAGAUUCCGGCAACCAUCCACUCACUCCAUCGCUAGCUUCUCCACUUUCUUCUCCUUUUCUAUUACUAAUCUAAACCCUUCCUCCAUCGGUGGGGGCCUAGCUUUUGUCCUCUCGCCGGACUCCGACUCCCUCGGUGCUGCCGGUGGUUUCCUUGGACUCCUCAACACCGACGGUGGGCCUGAGGCUGCUUCCAGUUUUGUGGCAGUCGAGUUUGAUACUUUAAUGGACGUGGAGUUUAAAGACAUUAAUGGAAACCAUGUGGGUUUGGAUCUAGAUAGUAUGGUUUCUACACAAAUUGGUGAUUUAGGAGCUAUUAAUAUUGAUCUAAAAAGCGGUGAUCUUGUUAAUGCUUGGAUCGAUUAUGAUGGUACUAAUCAAAGCUUUAACAUUUCUGUUUCCUACUCAAAUCUUAAGCCCAAAGAACCAAUUUUGUCUUUUACUCUUGAUUUAGACCAGUAUGUUGAUGAUUUUAUGUAUGUUGGGUUUUCUGGGUCCACUCAAGGAAGCACAGAGGUUCAUAGUAUAGAAUGGUGGAGUUUUAGUUCUUCUUUUCAAUCAAGUUCAGGUUCCGAGUCGUCUUCUUCAGUACCUCCACCUCCAACGGCUAGUUUGAUGAAUCCAACUGCUAACUCUCUUAAGUCCCCGCCACCAACACCGGCUCCUACUGGUUUAGAGUCAGUUAAUGGUAAAAGUGCCAAGUCUAAUUCGUGUCAUAACCAGCUUUGCAAGCAGGGUGCAGGGGCUGUUGCAGGGGUGGUGACUGCUAGUGCUUUUUUUGUUAUUUUUGCCGGUGUUCUUAUCUGGGUUUUCUCCAAGAGAUUCAAGCAUGUGAAAAAGUCAGAGUCUUUUGCAUCAGAGGUUAUUAAAAUGCCUAAGGAAUUUAGUUAUAGAGAGCUUAGAUCAGCUACUAAAUGCUUCAAUGCGAAUAGAAUUAUUGGUCAUGGAGCAUUUGGGACUGUUUAUAAGGGUAUAUUGCAGGAGAAUGGAGAUAUUGUGGCAGUGAAGCGGUGUAGUCAUAGCAGUCAAGGAAAGAAUGAGUUUUUAUCUGAAUUGUCAAUAAUUGGGACUCUAAGGCAUCGAAAUCUUGUUCGGCUUCAAGGCUGGUGUCAUGAGAAAGGUGAAAUUUUGUUAGUUUAUGAUUUGAUGCCGAAUGGGAGUCUUGAUAAAGCUUUGUUCGAGGCAAGAACGCCUUUGCCAUGGCCACAUAGGCGUAAAGUUUUACUUGGUGUUGCUUCUGCUCUGGCUUAUUUGCAUCAAGAAUGUGAAAACCAGGUGAUUCAUAGAGAUAUUAAGACUAGCAAUAUCAUGUUGGAUGAAGGGUUCAAUGCAAGAUUAGGAGAUUUUGGAUUGGCAAGGCAAAUUGAGCAUGAUAAAUCGCCAGAUGCAACAGUAGCUGCUGGUACAAUGGGGUAUUUAGCUCCUGAGUAUCUAUUAACAGGAAGAGCUACAGAGAAAACUGAUGUGUUUAGUUAUGGAGCUGUGGUUCUUGAAGUGGCUAGUGGGAGAAGACCCAUUGAGAAAGAGACUACUGGGGUUGGAAAAGUUGCCGUUAAUGGGAAUUUGGUGGAGUGGGUUUGGAGUUUACACAGAGAAGGGAGAUUGCUAACGGCAGCUGAUGCUAGGCUCGAGGGUCAGUUUGACGAGAAUGAGAUGAGGAGGGUUCUGCUGGUUGGUUUAGCUUGUUCGCAUCCUGACCCGAUGGCUAGACCCACUAUGAGAGGUGUGGUCCAGAUGCUUGUGGGGGAAGCUGAGGUCCCUCUUGUCCCAAGAGCAAAGCCUACAAUGAGUUUUAGCACUUCACAUCUCUUGUUGAGCUUGCAAGACAGUGUGUCUGACUGUAACGGCAUGAUCACCAUUUCCUGUUCCUCAUCAGAUAACAGCUUCAUAGGUGGUCAUGAUCUAGUUUGA